AUGAGAUGGCGACGCGCUCCGCGCCGCUCCGGGAGUGCCGGCCCUCGGGCCCCUCGUCCCGGCUUGGUCGCCCGCUCGCCGCCGCUGCUGCUACUACCGCUGCUGCUGCCGCUGCUACUGGGGACCGCGGCCCUGGCGCCGGGGGCGGAGGCCGGCGACGAGGCGGCUCCCGCGGGGGCCUCGGUGUGCUACUCGUCCCCGCCCAGCGUGGGCUCGGUGCAGGAGCUGGCUCAGCGCGCCGCGGUGGUGAUCGAGGGAAAGGUGCACCCGCCGCGGCGGCAGCAGGGGGCACUCGACAGGAAGGCGGCGGCGGCGGGCGAGGCAGGGGCGUGGGGUGGCAAGCGCGAGCCUCCAGCCUCCGGCCCAGGGACGCUGGGGCCGCCCGCCGAGGACCCACUGCCUACCGCCAACGGGACCGUGCCCUCUUGGACCACGGCCACGACGCCCAGCGCUGGCGACCCCAGGGAGGAGGAGGCACCCUAUCUGGUGAAAGUGCACCAGGGGGCGGUGAAAACCGGGGGUUUGAAGAAGGACUCGCUGCUCACCGUGCGUCUGGGGACCUGGGGUCACCCGGCUUUCCCGUCCUGCGGGAGGCUCAAGGAGGACAGCAGGUACAUCUUCUUCAUGGAGCCCGAUGCCAACAGCAGCAGCCGUGCGCCGGCCGCUUUCCGAGCAUCUUUCCCUCCUCUGGAGACUGGCCGGAACCUCAAGAAGGAGGUCGGCCGGGUGCUGUGCAAGCGGUGCGCCUUGCCUCCCCGACUGAAAGAGAUGAAAAGCCAAGAGUCAGUUGCAGGCUCCAAACUAGUGCUUCGUUGUGAAACCAGUUCUGAAUACUCCUCUCUUAAGUUCAAAUGGUUCAAGAAUGGGAAUGAGUUAAACCGCAAAAACAAACCACAAAACAUCAAGAUACAAAAGAAGCCUGGGAAGUCAGAACUUCGAAUUAACAAAGCAUCACUGGCUGAUUCUGGAGAAUAUAUGUGCAAAGUGAUCAGCAAAUUAGGAAAUGACAGUGCCUCUGCCAAUAUCACCAUUGUUGACUCAAAUGAGAUCAUCACUGGCAUGCCAGCCUCAACUGAAAGAACAUAUGUGUCUUCAGAGUCUCCCAUUAGAAUAUCAGUAUCAACAGAAGGAACAAACACUUCUUCAUCCACAUCUACAUCUACCACCGGGACCAGCCAUCUUGUAAAAUGUGCAGAGAAGGAGAAAACUUUUUGUGUGAAUGGAGGCGAGUGCUUCAUGGUGAAAGACCUUUCGAACCCCUCAAGAUACUUGUGCAAGUGCCCAAAUGAGUUUACUGGUGAUCGCUGCCAAAACUACGUAAUGGCCAGCUUCUACAAGCAUCUUGGGAUUGAAUUUAUGGAAGCGGAGGAGCUCUACCAGAAGAGAGUGCUGACCAUAAGUGGCAUCUGCAUCGCCCUGCUGGUGGUCGGCAUCAUGUGUGUGGUGGCCUACUGCAAAACCAAGAAACAGAGGAAAAAGCUUCAUGACCGGCUUCGGCAGAGUCUUCGAUCUGAACGAAAUAACAUGGUGAACAUAGCCAACGGGCCUCACCAUCCUAAUCCACCCCCUGAGAACGUGCAGCUGGUGAAUCAAUAUGUAUCUAAAAAUGUCAUCUCUAGCGAGCAUAUUGUUGAGAGAGAAGCCGAAACAUCUUUUUCCACCAGUCAUUAUACCUCGACAGCUCAUCACUCCACAACUGUCACCCAGACUCCUAGUCACAGCUGGAGCAACGGGCACACAGAAAGCAUCAUUUCAGAAAGCCAUUCUGUAAUCAUGACGUCAUCAGUAGAAAACAGUAGGCACAGCAGCCCAACUGGGGGCCCAAGAGGACGUCUUAAUGGCACAGGAGGCCCUCGCGAGUGUAACAGCUUCCUCAGGCAUGCCAGAGAAACCCCUGACUCCUACCGAGACUCUCCUCAUAGCGAAAGGUAUGUAUCAGCCAUGACCACCCCGGCUCGUAUGUCACCUGUAGAUUUCCACACGCCAAGCUCCCCCAAAUCGCCCCCUUCGGAAAUGUCUCCACCUGCAUCCAGCAUGACGGUGUCCAUGCCCUCCAUGGCAGUCAGCCCCUUCAUAGAAGAAGAGAGACCUCUGCUUCUUGUGACUCCACCCAGGUUGCGGGAGAAGAAGUAUGAACACCACCCUCAGCAAUUCAACUCCUUUCAUCACAACCCUGCGCAUGAGAGUAACAGCCUUCCCCCCAGCCCCUUGAGGAUAGUGGAGGACGAGGAGUAUGAAACGACCCAAGAGUACGAGCCAGCUCAAGAGCCUGUUAAGAAACUCGCCAAUAGCCGGCGGGCCAAAAGAACCAAGCCCAAUGGCCACAUUGCCAACAGGUUGGAAAUGGACAGCAACACAAGCUCUGAGAACAGUAACUCAGAGAGUGAAACAGAAGAUGAAAGAGUAGGUGAAGAUACACCUUUCCUGGGCAUACAGAACCCUCUGGCAGCCAGUCUCGAGGCAGCACCUGCCUUCCGUUUGGCUGACAGUAGGACUAACCCAGCAGGCCGCUUCUCAACGCAGGAAGAAUUGCAGGCCAGGCUGUCUAGUGUAAUUGCUAACCAAGACCCUAUUGCUGUAUAAAACCUAAAUAUACACAUAGAUUCACCUGUAAAACUUUAUUUUAUAUAAUAAAGUAUUCCACCUUAAAUUAAACAAUUUAUUUUAUUUUAGCAGUUCUGCAAAUAGAAAACAGGAAAAAAAACUUUUAUAAAUUAAAUAUAUGUAUGUAAAAAUGUGUUAUGUGCCAUAUGUAGCAAUUUUUUACAGUAUUUCAAAACGAGAAAGAUAUCAAUGGUGCCUUUAUGUUAUGUUAUGUCGAGAGCAAGUUUUGUACAGUUACAGUCAUUGCUUUUCCACAGUAUUUCAGCAAAACCCUCCCAUAUAUUCAGUUUUUGCUGGCUUCUUGUGCAUUGCAUUAUGAUGUUGACUCGAUGUAUGAUUUUCAAGACUUGCAACUGUCCCUCUGUUUGCUUGUAGUAGCACCCAAUCAGUAUGUCUUGUAAUGGCACAUUCAUUCAAAUACUCGUCUCUUUUGUAUGAAGUUUUCUUUGCUUUCAGAAAACAAAAUGAGUUCUGUCUACUCUGUCAGCCAAAGGUUUGCUUCAUUGGGCUCUGAGAAUAGUAGAUCCAACAGCAUGCUACUAUUAAAUACAGCAGGAAACUGCACUAAGUAAUGUUAAAUAUUAGGAAGAAAGUAAUACUGUGAUUUUUAAAAAACUAUAUUAUUAAUCAGAAGACAGCUUGCUCUUGCUAAAAGGAGCUGCGGUUUACUUUAUUUUAAUUUAUUUUCCUGGACAAAAAAGCAAGAGUUUUAGGCAUAGCUUAGAGAAUGGGUUCUGGCUUGCUAUCAGGAUAAAUAUAACACCUUAGAAGAGGACUCUAUUUUACUUUCUCUCUGGGGGAAUGUUCCAGCGCUCAUCUAUUUGAGCAACAAACGACAACCAAUAAAGGUGCAAUCAUUUCUGACUUGUAUUUUUCACUGAUUUGGGAGCUACUGCGUGACUGUGUUUUCUCACUCCAGAAGAGGCAGAUCUUAGUACAAAAAGCCCAGGUCAAACAGCACACUCAGAAGUGUGUCUGACAUGCUUGUAGAGUGAAACAUGCCUCUGUAUAGUGGAGGCUUGUCAUCAUAGGAAAAUGUUUCCAUCAUAGUGUUUGGAAGGAGUGAAUGUAUAGGAGACCCAGGUGGAGAGCAGUCAUGUGACUUGGUUGACAUUUUAAAUUUGGUUGACCACUUCUUUCUCCCAUUCUGUUUCUCUUGUUUUUCAACAUCACAUUGAGUAGAUCAUAACUAUGCAUGAACAUAUUUUUUGUCAGGAAUGGCCAACGUGCAUGCGAUUUGUGAUUAGUGAGAAUCUUCCACAGUGCUGACUCACCAGGAAGUGUCAAGAGUGUUGGAAAGAUUGCACCUUUACUUGAAGAAGUGAUUCCCCACUGUGUAAUGACCUCUCCAUUUACAGCCUGUUUCACCCAUGUCCCUCUCUCUUAAUUUUUGCUUUAUGUCACAAAAGCAGGACUAAGGUUGUUCUAAACCUUGCAUGUUCUCUCGUGAUUGUAAAUCCAAUGAAAGCCUAUAGGUAUUAAUGUUUGAAAUAACUGUCAAUUCAGGAAAUAAGAAAAAAAAAUUUUUUAAUGCAGAACCCACUUUAUGCCCUGCCCGGUAUCUAUGAAAUCAGGGCUGGAGCUUUACUUAGGUUCCAGGUGGCCUUCUAGGAGUCAUGGGACAAAAUGGGAAAUAUUGUAACAGGGGUUCACAAAGUCCAUAAGAGUACUCAACUUCUUGUUUGCAGAUGUACCGAAUCUACUUCUUCUUUAUGUAUGUUACAAAUAAAGGGAAGAAAUGACAUGCAAAUAGGUCUUAGAGGAAAAAUGUAGGCUAGGCAUAAGUCAACAUUGUUAGACUCCUACGUGUUUCUACAAUCCACAGAGGUGCUUGUCUGCAGGUCCUUGAAGUUAGUCUUAGUAUUUGGUAUCCCAAGUUUUCUGCCAUUGUUCACAUGCCACUUUCUCUGUGCUCAACCCUGUCUCCAUUUGCUUUUUAACCUACAUGGAAAAGCCCCUGUUAGGCCAUGCUCAUUUCCCAGUUUUAUAAAAUGAGUUAGAUCAUGGCAUGGGGAGAAAGUCCGUUUCAAGAGGCUGUCUAAACUAUUUUAACAUUGCCUUUGAAAGCCUUGACUCACUCCUCAACAUUUCAAUAAAGAAAUUCCUACUGUUAUUUUAAAACCUUACAUAUUCUGUUUCAAAGUCUUUGGGCAUUGGGGAAUUCAGAUGUCCCUUUGCAAAAAAUUUCAAGAACAAAUAGAAUCUUCUGAUGAGAACAAUGAAUAACACAUCUCUUCAGUUGGAGAAUUGCUAUAAAUUUUUAAGUUGCAAAUAUAUACGAAAUGUUAUUUCCAACCUACUUUUGUUACUUGCAGAGAUGGCUCAUAUGAGGUGAGACCACCUUUACUCCAUGGAACAAGAUAUCCCUUAAUAAGAAAGGCCAGUUGGCUGCUCAGGGCUACCUGCUACAGCCACCCAAUUUAUGUUCACAGGGACAUUUCCAUGAUGCUUCAGUGCCACGUCUCUCUCAACCAUCCCUAUGUAUAAAUUCAGGCAGUUCAGUGGCAGUUUAAAGGAAUGUAAACCUAUGGCCCCAGCAUGUGGAAAGCUGUCUUGGAUUUAAAGUAGUGCAAAUGACCCAGAAGUUUGACAUUCACUUUCUUUCCUGGGUCUGGAAUCAUAUCCCACUGAGGGAUGCAGUGGAGCAUAGUAUAUGCAAAACUCCUUUUUUUUUUUUUUUUUCUCACUCAAGAUUCAUUUUCUGUCCUGUUUUCCCUUCUUUUCUUUUCUCCCAAAGAAUGCCUGGUAGACAGCCUUCUGCUUUCUACAAAAUGGUACUCUGUGUGGGUGACUGUGUCCCAAGCAGCAAUAUGCCAUCUCUUCCUUGUUUCAGUGUGACUGUCUUGAUGGAGGUAGAAUUGAUCUUGGUAACUUGCUCAGUAACAAUUCCUUUUUUUUGUUUGUUUUUGGUUUUUUGGCCUGAGGUUGAAAGGUAUAUGGCUCACAUUGGUGAAAAUAAGGAAGGCAUGGUCUUAGUUUUAGUCUGGCUACAUUCCACCAGUCACAGAAAUUUCUAUCCACAAAGAUCCAUGAAACAUUGCAGAGAAAUGCAGACAAAAGGGAAUGGCCACAUAUCACAAGUUCUAUUAUAUAUUCUUUUGUAAAUACAUAUUGUACAUUACUUGGAUGUUUUCUUAAAUCAUUUACUGUCUUUAUGAGUUAAUGUCAGUUUUUUUACUCUCUCAACUUACUGUGUAACAUUGUAAAUAACAUAAUGUCCUUUAUUAUUUAUAUUUAAGCAUCUAACAUAGAGAAUUGUUUUCAUAUAAGUUUAAGAUAAAUGUCAAUAUAUAUGUUUUUGUUUUUCUUUGCUUUAAAAUUAUGUACUUUUCCAUUUUUUUAAAAAAAGAAUAAUUUAUUGUUCAGGAGAAAGAAUGUAUAUGUAAUUGAAAAUAUUUGAAGAAUGCACAUUUGAAGGCCGCAAGGUACUGAUAAACUAAAGAAUUUAUUAUCCAAAAUACUAAGCAAUAAGUAAUUGUGAUUUAUUUAAAGUUUUGUUCAUUUCCCAAGAAAGUCAUACUGCAAUAAAAAUAUGCUACUCUGUGGA